UAUUACGAUUAUUUUUAUUAGUAUCUAGAUAAAAUUACAACAUGUGUAAUAUUUUCAUCUAUAUAUCGGCCGUAGUUUUGGUUAUUUCAACCGAAGCUACCGCUGGAAACGUACCACAAAAUGAGACACACCUGACGGGACUGUUUGGGCGUCCGGUGGGACGUAAGACGGAUCUGCUGACAGCGGGCCUUCACGGGCCGGCACUACUCCAGGACUACCAGUUCAUCGAAGAGAUGGCGCACUUCGAUAGGGAACGGAUACCCGAACGGGUAGUUCACGCCAAAGGGAGCGGCGCUUUCGGCACAUUCCGUGUCACAAACCCGUCAAUGAGUCGAUACUCCCGAAUGGCGCUGUUCUCGGCGGCGGGCAAACAGACCGAAGUGGCCGUCCGUUUCUCGACAGUGGGCGGCGCUGUCGGGUCGGCCGACACCGUGUUUGCCGACCCCCGGGGGUUUGCCACCAAGUUUUACACCGAGGAGGGCAAUUGGGAUCUCGUUGGGGUAAAUGUGCCCAUGUUUUUCAUACGAGACGCCUCGCAGUUUCCGUCCCUAAUUCACGCCAAUAAGAAAAACCCGGCCUCAGGUCUGAACGACCCGACGGCUCUCUGGGACUUCCAGUCGCUACGGCCCGAGACGUUGAAUUUGAUCACGUAUUUGCACAGCGAUUACGGUAUACCCGACGGCUGGCGACAUAUGCCCGGCUUCAGUCUACACGCCUUUAAGUUAGUCAAUAGUCAGGACAAACACUUUUACGUGAAGUUUCAUUGGAUCACUAAUCAGGGCAUUAAAAAUCUGGACGUCGACACCGCAGCGAAAUUGAGUGGCACUGAUCCGGAUUACGCGCGUCGGGAUCUGUACGAUGCGAUCGCCGCCCAUCAGUACCCCUCGUGGACACUGAAGAUGCAAGUGAUCACCGAAGACGAGGCCAACACUUUUGGCUUUAACCCGUUUGACGCCACAAAGCAAUGGUCAACAGUGAAAUACCCGUUGAUCGAGGUGGGAGUGAUGACAUUGAACCGCAAUCCCAGCAACUUUUUCGCCGAGGAGACACAUCUGACGGGACUGUUUGGGCGUCCGGUGGGACGUAAGACGGAUCUGCUGACAGCGGGCCUUCACGGGCCGGCACUACUCCAGGACUACCAGUUCAUCGAAGAGAUGGCACACUUCGAUAGGGAACGUAUACCCGAACGGGUAGUUCACGCCAAAGGGAGCGGCGCUUUCGGCACAUUCCGUGUCACAAACCCGUCAAUGAGUCGAUACACCCGAAUGGCACUGUUCUCGGCGGCGGGCAAACAGACCGAAGUGGCCGUCCGUUUCUCGACAGUGGGCGGCGCUGUCGGGUCGGCCGACACCGUGUUUGCCGACCCCCGGGGGUUUGCCACCAAGUUUUACACCGAGGAGGGCAAUUGGGAUCUCGUUGGGGUAAAUGUGCCCAUGUUUUUCAUACGAGACGCCUCGCAGUUUCCGUCCCUAAUUCACGCCAAUAAGAAAAACCCGGCCUCCGGUCUGAACGACCCGACGGCGCUCUGGGACUUCCAGUCGCUACGGCCCGAGACGUUGAAUUUGAUCACGUAUUUGCACAGCGAUUACGGUAUACCCGAUGGGUGGCGACAUAUGCCCGGCUUUAGUCUACACGCCUUUAAGUUAGUCAAUAGUCAGGACAAACACUUUUACGUGAAGUUUCACUGGAUCACUAAUCAGGGCAUUAAAAAUCUGGAUGUCGACACCGCAGCAAAAUUAAGUGGCACUGAUCCGGAUUAUGCGCGACGGGAUCUCUACGAUGCGAUUGCCGCCCAUCAGUACCCCUCGUGGACACUGAAGAUGCAAGUGAUCACCGAAGACGAGGCCAACACUUUUGGCUUUAACCCGUUUGACGCCACAAAGCAAUGGUCAACAGAGAAAUACCCGCUGAUCGAGGUGGGAGUGAUGCAAUUGAACCGCAAUCCCAGCAACUUCUUCGCCGAGGUAGAGCAGAUAGCCUUCUGUCCCGCAAAUCUAGUGCCUGGUAUUGAGCCCUCACCCGACCUACUGCUGGCCGGGCGACUGUUUUCAUACGGAGACAGUCAACGAUAUCGUUUGGGAACAAACCAUCAGUUACUCCCAGUGAACAGCGCUCGCAAUCGGGUGUUGGCGCCGACACAACGAGACGGCUCGAUGCGCACCGACGACAAUAUGGGCGCCACCGCUAACUACUAUCCAAACUCGUUCAGUCAAAUCAGAGAUAACCCUAAUUAUCUCGAGUCAAACUUCACCGCCGGCUCCGCAGCCAAGAGGGCCGACAAUCAGGUGUACCGAUACGACGACUCCGACGACCAUAACUACGAACAGCCGCGAGAGCUGUACAACAGUUUCCCCGCCGACUGGAGGCAAAGGUUGCACAAAAACGUGGCCACAUCUCUGUCAGGUGUGACCCAACCCGCCAUUAGAGACCGGGCGCUGAAUGAGCUCAAGAAAGUGGAUCCCAUGUUCGCCAAUGGCGUACGCAAUGAGAUGAAUAGAUUGGACAAUGAUAAAUUACAAAGUAAUCAGGGUAAAACCAUACGCAUGGGAAUACCCGGUGUGGCUGAACUGGACUUAUCCAAAGGGGCGGACGGUUUGGGAAUAGGCUUAGAGACUGUCGCCAAUCACGGGAUUAGAGGACAUGUGGGUAGAGAUGGCGCCACUAUUAAUAUCGGUCGCACCGGUCAUCACACUCUCGAGGGAACCGUCGGCCCAAACGGGGCGACCGUUGGACUGGAGGUCGAGGGCAAUGAGAUCAAGAGUCACACCGGUUUGGACGGCGCGGACUUAUCAGUCGGCCCAAUAGACUCGCCAUUUAAUGCUCACAUUGGACUCGACGGUGUGUCUAUUGGUAAAGGUGAUCGCAAAGUGUCCCUGUCCAAUCCAUUCAACCUUUUUGGCUAG